AUGUUGUCCACGCCUAUUACGAAAGACAUAGAUUAUGAAAAGGUAUACGAACCAUCGGAGGAUUCGUUUUACUUGCUCGACUGUUUUGAGGAAGAAAAGGAAUACCUCGAGACCAGAUUCAAGACUAAGGUGCCGUUUGUUACAGAGAUUGGAACUGGUUCAGGUAUAGUCACCACGUUUAUACUACAAAAUAUAUUACCUGAUGGAAUAUAUUUGACUACCGACAUCAAUCCUAAUGCAUGUAAGAGCGUACUCCAGACAGUGCGAUACAAUUGCCCGUCACGAGCUCAUCUAGUCGAUUCUUCCCAAAUGGACCUAACUACAGCCAUCCGACCCAACACUGUCGAUAUGCUAGUAUUCAAUCCUCCAUAUGUACCAGCAACAGAAGUCCCUGACAUACCAAUUACAAACGAGGAUGUGAAAUGGCUAGAUUUGGCAUUAUUAGGGGGUGAGGAUGGCAUGAUGAUCACGUGGAAAGUAUUGAACAACUUGGAAGAGAUAUUAACUGGUGAUGGCGUUGCAUAUAUCUUAUUUUGUGCUAGGAAUAAACCUGAUUCUGUGGCGGAUAAAAUGAGGCAAAGAGGUUGGAAGGUUGAUGUUAUAAUCAAUAGAAAAGCUGGUUGGGAGGUGUUGACGAUAUUACGCUUUGCGAAAUUGUAA